UCGAAGGUCAACGCAGAAGCAAUGGAUCCCGCACAGAAGAUGGAUCAUCUUCUGGCGCUCAAAGUGAUGCGCCUCACCCGGCCGUCUCUGCACAUCGCCCUUCCCGUUUCUUGCGAGGAGAGGGACCUAGCAGGGGGGCUGUUGGGACAGUGCCCCCCCGACCGUGCAGCGUUUGUAAGUGGGGGGGACUGCACGGUGCUGGGAGACAUGCUGACUCUCCCACAGAACUUUGGCAACAUCUUCCUGGGAGAGACCUUCUCCAGCUACAUCAGCGUGCACAACGACAGCAGCCAGCUGGUGCGCGACGUCUCCAUCAAGGCCGACCUGCAGACGAGCAGCCAGAGGCUGAACCUGUCGGGGGGCUCGACGCCCCCCGCCGCCGAGCUGCAUCCGGACAGCUGCAUCGACGACGUCAUCCACCACGAGGUCAAGGAGCUGGGAACUCACAUCCUCGUGUGCGCCGUCAGCUACGCCACGCAGAGCGCGGAGAAGCUCUACUUCCGAAAGUUUUUCAAAUUCCAGGUGUUGAAGCCUCUCGAAGUCAAGACAAAGUUCUACAACGCCGAGGACGAACUCAGUGCAGUGUGCGAGGAGGUCUUCCUGGAGGCCCAGAUCCAGAACAUCACGUCGUCGCCGAUGUGCGUGGAGCGCGUGUGGCUGGAGCCGUCUCCGCUGUACGCCGUCGCGCCCCUCAACGCGGUCGUGGACACCGACCCCGCAUCACGGCUGUCGGAGGGGCGCUACCUGGGCCCCGGCGAGACGCGGCAGUUCCUGUACCGGCUGCGCGCCCGCCCCGACGUGGCGGAGAAGGCGGGCGCCGGCGGCCUGCGCGGGGUCACCCACAUCGGCAAGAUGGACAUCGUGUGGCGGACCAACCUGGGCGAGCGAGGCAGGCUGCAGACCAGCCAGCUGCAGCGCGUGGCCCCGGGCUACGGGGACGUGCGCUUAGAGAUUGAGACGAUCCCUGACAUGGCCCACCUGGAAGAGCCCUUCACGGUGGCCUUCAAAAUCACCAACUGCAGCGAGCGCACCAUGGACCUCCGUCUGGAGCUGCGCAGCUCGGACGCCCUCUGCUGGUGCGGCCUCCUCGCCAGGGACCUGGGCCGCCUGCCCAGCGCCUCGUCCCGCCAAGCGGCGCUCAUGCUGCUGCCGGCCAUGCCCGGCCUGCAGAGCGUGUCUGGAAUCCGGCUGACGGACACGUUCCUCAAGAGGACCUAUGAGUUCGACGACGUAGCCCAGGUGCUGGUGCUGUCGGAGGAGGACGAAGAGGAGGAGGAGGAGGUGGCGGUGGCGUUGUAGAUGGGGAGACGGUGGAGGUGGAGGAGGUGGCCGCGUUGCAAACAGGGGACGGAAGAGAGGAGGAGGAGGAGGAGAGG